GCGCCCCGCCCUCCCCUUCCAAGAUGGCGGCGGCCGCCGCGGCGGUGCCGGUGCGGGUCUGUCACCAGGAGAUCGUCAAGUUCGACCUGGAGAUCAAGGCGGCCGUGCAGGACAUACGGGACUGCCCGGGGCCUCUCAGCGCCCUCACAGAGCUCAACGCCGCCGUGAAGGAGAAGUUCCGACAUCUGCGGGGCUGCAUCCAGGAGCUGGAGCAGAUGGCGAAGGAGCAGGACAAGGAGUCGGAGAAACAGGCCUUGCUGCGGGAGGUGGAGAACCACAAGAAACAAAUGCUCAGCAACCAGGCAGCUUGGAGGAAGGCAAACCUGGCCUGCAAAAUUGCUAUUGACAACUCUGAGAAAGAUCAGCUGCUACAGGGAAGAGACUCCUUAAGACAAAGGAAGACUACGAAGGAGAGCCUGGCAGAGAGUGCAAGUAACAUCACAGAGAGUCUGAUGAGCAUCAGUAGGAUGAUGUCACAGCAAGUGCAGCAGAGCGAGGAGACCGUGCAGACCUUAGCCAAUUCUUCAAGAACCAUCCUGGAAGCGAAUGAGGAGUUCAAGUCCAUGUCUGGGACGAUUCAGCUGGGGCGGAAGCUCAUCACCAAGUACAACCGCAGGGAGCUGACAGACAAGCUGCUCAUCUUCCUGGCCCUCGCCCUGUUCCUGGCCACAGUGCUCUAUAUCUUGAAGAAAAGACUCUUUCCAUUUUUGUGAAAUUCCAACGCUAAGCUGAACUAUUAAAAAAAAAAAAAAAGAGAAUCGGAAAAA